GGUCUCUCUCUUCUCUUCUCCGCUCCCAUCCCCUUCCAGUUUCUGGGCUGCGGGCGGCUCGAGCCCCGCCCACUUGGCUGGGGCCUCGCGCCGGCUCUGCUGCUCUCCGCUCGGCUUCCCGUCUCGCGCCGGCGGCUCCGGCGAGCCGGGAAGGUCAAGCGCAAUAUUGCAUAGAUUUGCAAGAAAAGAGAGAAGCGGGGCGGGAGCGGGCAGCAGGGCGCAAAGGGCGGGAGGGCAUCUGUGUGGCUUCCUAACGGGGUGAUCCUGCCUGCCGAAUCUUGGACAACAUGGCCAGUUUUAUUCUGCGUACAGUUUCGACCAGCUGCUCCAGUCCCCUUUUCAACAGUGCGCUGUCUCACAAGGCGAAGACUGUGAAGACACCAUGCCUACGAGCCUUCCGCCUGCACCGGGUGCUCUGGUGCCAGGCUCCUGUCAAACCAGGUAUCCCAUAUAAGCAGCUGACUGUGGGUGUUCCCAAGGAGAUAUUUCAGAAUGAGAAGAGAGUGGCCUUGUCGCCGGCAGGCGUUCAAGCCCUGGUUAAACAAGGGUUUAACGUUGUUGUGGAGUCGACUGCAGGAGAAGCUUCCAAAUUCUCUGAUGACCAUUACAGAGAGGCAGGGGCACAGAUCCAAGGGACGAAGGAAGUCUUGGCGUCUGAUCUAGUCGUCAAGGUGAGAGCUCCUAUGUUGAAUCCAGCUCUUGGCAUGCACGAGGCAGAUCUCUUUAAGUCAUCUGGUACCCUAAUCAGUUUCAUCUACCCAGCUCAAAACCCAGACCUCCUGAACAAACUGUCAGAAAGAAGAACCACUGUCUUAGCUAUGGAUCAGGUCCCUCGCGUGACCAUUGCUCAAGGAUAUGAUGCUCUCAGCUCCAUGGCCAACAUCGCUGGCUAUAAGGCAGUUGUGUUGGCAGCCAAUCACUUUGGUCGUUUCUUUACGGGUCAGAUCACAGCAGCUGGCAAAGUCCCUCCAGCUAAGGUUCUGAUCAUUGGUGGCGGAGUCGCAGGCUUAGCCUCUGCAGGAGCAGCUAAAUCAAUGGGAGCUGUGGUUCGUGGGUUUGAUACCAGAGCUGCAGCAUUGGAACAGUUCAAAUCACUAGGUGCGGAGCCUUUGGAGGUUGACCUAAAAGAAUCUGGGGAAGGGCAGGGAGGCUAUGCAAAAGAGAUGUCUAAAGAGUUCAUUGAAGCCGAGAUGAAACUCUUUGCAAAACAGUGCGAAGAUGUCGACAUUAUCAUCACGACAGCUCUCAUUCCUGGUAAAAAAGCUCCAAUCCUCUUUCGGAAAGAUAUGAUUGAAUUGAUGAAGGAAGGCUCAGUUGUUGUAGACCUAGCUGCUGAAGCUGGGGGAAACAUUGAAACUACAAAGCCAGGAGAACUCUAUAUUCACAAGGGAAUUACACACAUAGGUUAUACGGACCUUCCCAGCAGAAUGGCCACCCAAGCCAGCACAUUGUAUUCCAAUAACAUCACCAAGCUCCUGAAGGCCAUCAGCCCGGACAAGGAGAAGUUCUUCCUUGACAUAAAGGAUGAAUUCGACUAUGGUACCCUGGACCAUGUUGUAAGAGGAACAGUGGUAAUGAAGGACGGAAAGGUGAUUUUUCCAGCACCAUCUCCUAAGAACAUUCCUCAGGCAGCGCCUGUGAAGCAGAAGACUGUGGCAGAGCUGGAAGCAGAAAAAGCAGCCACCAUUACACCCUUCAGGAAAACAAUGACAACUGCCUCUGCGUACACAGCAGGACUCAGUACCUUGCUCGGAUUGGGUGUUGCCGCUCCAAAUUCAGCUUUCACUCAGAUGGUGACAACAUUUGGCUUGGCUGGGAUUGUUGGGUACCACACGGUAUGGGGUGUGACGCCUGCACUCCACUCGCCACUCAUGUCUGUGACGAACGCCAUCUCAGGGUUGACAGCUGUUGGUGGAUUGGCACUGAUGGGGGGACAAUAUCUCCCUGAUAAUGUGCCUCAAAGCCUUGCUGUUCUUGCUGCUUUUGUGUCCUCUAUCAACAUUGCAGGUGGUUUCCUAGUCACACAGAGGAUGCUGGAUAUGUUCAAGCGCCCCACUGAUCCCCAAUACAAUUACUUGUACCUGUUGCCUGCUGGCACUUUUAUAGGAGGAUAUGCAGCAGCUCUCCAUAGCGGGUAUAACAUUGAACAGAUGAUCUACCUGGGUUCAGGCUUGUGCUGUGUCGGUGCUCUGGCUGGCCUCUCCACCCAAGGAACAGCUCGGCUUGGCAAUGCUUUGGGCAUGAUAGGUGUUGCCGGGGGCAUGGCAGCUACUCUCGGAGGCCUAAAACCAUCCCCUGAGCUGCUGGCGCAGAUGUCGGGCGCAAUGGCUCUUGGUGGCACCAUAGGCCUGACAAUUGCCAAACGUAUCCAGAUUUCGGAUUUACCUCAGUUAGUGGCUGCUUUCCACAGCUUGGUUGGCCUGGCUGCUGUCCUCACCUGCAUUGCUGAGUACAUGAUUGAGUAUCCUCACUUUGAUACUGAUGCAGCUGCAAACCUCACCAAGAUUGUGGCUUACCUUGGCACAUAUAUUGGAGGUGUAACCUUCAGCGGCUCUCUCGUCGCUUAUGGGAAGCUCCAAGGUAUCCUGAAUUCUGCCCCCCUCCUCUUACCAGGCCGGCACUUACUGAAUGCCGGCUUACUCACUGCAAGUGUGGGAGGGAUGAUUCCCUACAUGAUCGAUCCUAGUUACACAACUGGACUGACCUGUUUAGGGUCAGUGUCUGCUCUAUCUGCUGUUAUGGGCGUCACUUUAACAGCAGCCAUAGGCGGGGCUGACAUGCCCGUCGUCAUUACUGUACUGAACAGCUAUUCUGGCUGGGCACUCUGUGCUGAAGGAUUCCUGCUGAACAACAACUUGCUAACAAUUGUGGGCGCGCUUAUUGGCUCUUCUGGUGCCAUCCUGUCUUAUAUCAUGUGUGUGGCCAUGAAUCGCUCUCUUGCUAACGUGAUCCUUGGUGGAUAUGGGACUACUUCGACAGCUGGUGGGAAGCCCAUGGAAAUAACUGGCACGCAUACAGAAGUGAAUGUGGACAGCGCCGUUGACAUGAUAAAGGAAGCCAAUAACAUCAUCAUCACUCCUGGUUAUGGUCUCUGUGCAGCAAAGGCUCAAUAUCCAAUUGCUGACUUAGUGAAAAUGCUGAAGGAACAAGGCAAGCAUGUUAGGUUUGGUAUUCAUCCCGUCGCCGGACGCAUGCCUGGGCAACUGAAUGUGCUACUCGCAGAAGCCGGUGUGCCGUACGACAUUGUCCUAGAAAUGGAUGAGAUCAAUGAAGACUUCCCAGAAACUGAUCUAGUCCUUGUCAUUGGAGCUAAUGACACAGUUAAUUCAGCUGCCCAGGAAGAUCCAAACUCCAUCAUUGCUGGAAUGCCUGUUCUAGAAGUUUGGAGAGCAAAGCAGGUCAUUGUUAUGAAGAGAUCUCUAGGUGUUGGCUAUGCAGCUGUGGACAAUCCAAUCUUUUACAAGCCCAACACUGCUAUGUUGCUUGGGGACGCUAAGAAGACGUGUGAUGCCCUGCAGGCCAAAGUGAGGGAGUCUUACCAGAAAUAAACCAGCACCUCUUGUUUAAAAAGCUAUCCUUUGGCCAGUAUGAACAAAAAAAUCUAAAAUGUGUUAUCUACGUCAAAAGUCGUGGGUUGUUCUUGAAACAGAGGUUCAGGAAAAAAAGUGUUAAGGGUGAAAAUUUAACUAACAGUAUAUAAGGGGGAGGGGGGAACCCAAAGUGAGCUCUCUUGUGGGGCUGGAACAUGGAUUUGUAGAAUUCUUGAAUGCAGUGCAUUUCAGAGGAACACAAUGACACUCAGGAAUUUGGGGGUGAAUCUGUCCAUCUAGUGUGACACGAGAUAUAAGGGAAGCAUUUAUACAUGCGGGGCAGCUGCUGCCAUUUUAAAAAUGGGUCAUUUGGCUUCAGUUCUUGGUUAUUGGUUCCAAGUGAACACAGAAUUCAGCUGAUUGGCUCUUUUCCAGAUCUCAGACCCCCUAGCUGGAUAUCUUAGAUUUUGGCUGGCUUCUUACUUACGAUUUUCUAAAAUCUAUUUUGUGCUACUUUUGAAAUGCAUUUUGAUACAUUCACAACCGACAUGUUUGAGAUGCUGGAUAUGGGCGGUUUCUUGUCCAACGUACUUCAAAUGCUUGGGUGGGGGUGGAUAGUUACAAUUCUAGACCACCUGGAAUACAUUUUUAAUUAAAAAAAAUCAUGUGGGCAGCAUAGAAACCCAAUAAGCUUCAGGGAGAAAAAAAGAUUCUGAUUACUGGUCUUCCUUUUUAAUUUAAUUUAAGAUUACUAUUGAAGCUACAAUUCAGUGGUAUCGGGGGUUAUUUGACUUCCAGUGCAGCCUUGAUUUUAUUUAGUGCACUUGAGUGGAACUCAAAUGUUUGACUAAUAAAAUGAAUUUGUCAUGUUUGCAUAAUGAUGUAGCAACCGUCCGUGGUGACAGAGGCAAAACAAAUAGCUGUAAUUGUGUUAGAAAGCCUUAACAUCUGGGCAAGACAGACUACUAUGAAGUGAGUUAAACUUAGCCCAACUUGACUGUUUAUAAAUCCUGAUUUUUAACAUUGUGCUUAUGGUGACCUUCUAAUUUAAUUGCAGAUGAAAAUUAUGUCCGUUUAGCUACCUCCUUUUCUCCGUUAGUUUCUUUUUUUUAAUGGUGAGAUUCCCAUAAAUUAAACAGCAGUAGAUAGCAGAGGACUGGAUCCAGCUAGGAUCUUCCAGGCCCAAUAAACCAGUAGAAGGGAUCCUUUCUCUCAGCUCCCAUUCAUUUCAGUAGGGCUUUUCUUUUUCUUUUUAAUAAAAGAACUUGUCAUCUUUCCUUA